AUGGCUUACUUUAGACCACAGUCAUCAUAAGUUAUUUCAGUCAGAUCACCAAGCAGAAGUAUACUAUUUUAAUUAUAUAUUAGUUAUUCCAAUGGCAUCUAACAUGGGUAAUUCUUACGUAAUUCCAGCAGCCCAAAAUUUACCAACAACUAUAAUAGUCAAAGAGAAAAAUCCAGUUUCAUAUGAUAGAGAAAAAGAAAAUGAUGAUGAAUAAAAAGAUGAAUUAGAGUUAUGGAAAAAAAAAUAUUUUACAUUAGAAGCUUAAUUAGCUAAAUAUGAUAUAGAAAAUGAAAUAGUAAUAAUUAUCUGAAUAUUAAAGAAAGAUGAAUUACAAUCAAGAAUUCUAGGUUCUUAGGAAGAUGUGAAAAAGUUCCAAAUUGAUAUGUCUAAAAUACAGGCAGAUAUGGAUAAGCAAAGAUCAGAUAUGAAUGAUUUAGUAAUUGAAAAUCAAAAAUUACUGAAUUAAUAAGUAGAAGUAGAAAGAUUAAAAAAAUUAGUUUCUGAAAGAGAAGAUACUAUAGGCUAAGUAUCAAUUAUUUCUAAUCAUUAGUUAUCACAAAAAUGUAGAGAAUAUUAAGAAUAAUUAUAAGAAUUGGAAGCAUUUCAAUAAGCAUUGUAAGAUAUGCAUAAUCAAAAUGAAGGUAAAGAAAAGAUGAUUGAAUAAUGGAAAUUAAAAUAUAUGGAAAAUGAUUAAAAGAAAUAAAAGGAAAUUGAUGAAUUAAAAUUAAAAUUAGCUGAAUAUAAUCCAACAGAGAUAUAAUGUUUAAAGACACAAUUUGAUAGAGAGAGACAAGAAUGGUAGAAUAAUUAAAAGAAACUUUAAUAAGAUUUAGCUGAUGCUCUUAAAUAAUUAGAUUAAUGGAAAAUUAAAUAUAAUGUAAGUAUUUAUAUCAAAAAUAGAAUCUUGAUAUGUAACAUUAAUAACUCUCAUCUGCAUAAAAAGAAUCUGUUGCAAGAAUAGAUGCAUUAAAUCAAGAAUAAAAUAAACUGACUGUUUAAGUACAUACUUUAAAUGAUGAUAAAUAAAAAUUAUAAAUAGAGUUGGAAGCUACAAAAGGACAAUUAAAAUUACAUUAAGGAUUGAUUGGAGAAUUAGAUAGAUUGAAGAGGUUAUUAACUGAUAAAAGUGCAGAACUUUAAUAACUAUAAUAAUAAUCAUAAUAAAAGGAUAUUGAUCUUAAUAAUGCAGAUUUAACAAUUUCAGAAUAAAAUUAAAAAAUUAAAUCAUUAUCUUUAUUAUAAUAAGAAAAUUAAAGAUUAUCAUAGGAAUUAGAUUAAUAACAUAGAUUAAAUGAAUAAUUACAUUAAGAAAAUGCAGAUUUAUUGAAAAACUUAGAUAGAUUUAAAUUAUUGGAAGAAGAGAAGAUGUAAUUAGAAAAUAAAGUAAGUAUGUUGGCAGCAGAAAUUGAAAGAUUAAAAGUUUAAUUGAAAUAAAAAAAUGAUAAGAUUUUAUAAGAAUAAGAAGAAUUGAAAAGAUUAUAAGAAUAAUUGAAUGAAAUUGAUGAAUUAUAAAAGCAAAUUGAAGAUUUAAUACGUUAAUUAGAAUAAGCAAAUAAUACAAUUGAUGAAUUAGAGAAGAAAUUAUAAGCUAUUUCAGAACUUGAAUAAAAACUACAUGAUGCUAAUAAUAAAAUAUAUGAUUUAGAGAAUAAGGUAGCUAUGUUAAGUGCUGAAUCAUAAAGAUUAAGAUAUUUAAAUGAUUAAAAGACUGAAUAAUUAAAAUCAGCUGAACAAUAAUUAUCAGAUCUCAAUUUACUUAAAGAAUAAUUAAACUAAUUAUAGAAUAAAUAUGAUGCAUAAUAAUAAAUGAAUUAGAACUAUUAAGCAGAAUUAGAAAAAUUAAGAGGAUAAUCAACAUAAGCAGAUACCAAUAUUGCAGAAUUAAGAAGAUAAUUAGAUGAAUAAAAAGCUUAAAAUAUAGUUCAUAAAUAAGCUAAUUCUGAAUAAGUUAUUGCAGAUUUAUAAUAAUAAUUAAGUUCAUUAUAAUAAAGUUACAAAAAAGUAUCAGAAUCUAAUUUGGCAAAUGAAGAAGAUCCAACUUUGGAUUUAUAAAAUAGAAUAACCUUAUUAAAACAAGAAAAUUAAAGAUUGAAUUAAACUAUUGUAUAGAAGAAUUAAGAAGUUUUAAAUCAUUAAUAAUAAAAUUAAUAAUUAUAAUAAGAUCUUUUAACAUAAGAUACAUUGAAAGUGUAAAUUCAACAAUUACAUGAAUAAAAUUCACUAUUGCAAGAAUAAAUAUAGAAUGAAAAAUAAGGUAGAUAGGGUUUGGAAUAGAGAAUUUAAUAAUCAGAAUAAGAAAAAUAUGAUCUUUAAAGUAAAUGUGCUAUGCUUUCAACACAUAUUGAAGGUAUGAAAUAUAAACUUGAAAAAAUGGAAAAUGUUGAUGAAUUAAAAAAGAUUAUCUAAGAUUAAUAAGCAUAAUUAGCUGAGAUGGAUGUCUUAAAAUUAGAAAUAGAAAGCUUAAAUGAGAGAAUAGCUGAAUUAGAAAAAGAAUUAAAAUUAUGGAAAUAGAAAUAUGAAUCAUUAGAUUAAUAAUAUUAAUAAUUACUUCAUAUUAAAGAAUAAAUGGAAAAUAAAUUAGCUAUGCUUUCAUCAGAAAUUGAAAGAUUAAAAGUACUCAAUUAAAAAAAGCAAGGAGAAAUUGAUCAAUAAAAUUAAGAAUUAAUGAAAAUGGAUUAAGAAUUAAAUGAUUUACAUAAUUAAUUAGAAGAUAUUAAUGAAUUAAAAACAUAAUUGAAUUCUCUUGAAAACCAACUUUAAUAAUAAAUUGAUGAAAAUUAAAAUAAAUCUAAUGAAAUUACUCAACUAAAAUAAUAAGUUGCUGAAAUAGAAGGUUUACUUGUCAAUUAAGAAGAUCUUUAGAAUUAAAUUAAAAAAUUAGAAAAGGAAUCACAAUCAAAAGAUGAAAUAAUAGAAUAGUUCAAAUAAAAAAUUACUUAAUUAGAAAGUAAGAUUGCAGAACUAGAAGAUAUCAAAGUAUAUCUAUAAAUUAAUUAUAUAGUAUAAAUAUGAAGAUAAAAUGGCUUUAUUAAGCAGUGAAGUCAAAAGAUAUGAGUUUAAGGCUAAAAAAUUAGAAGAUAAAUCUAACGAACUAUAAACCUAAGUUGAUCAAUUAACUCAUGAUUUGAAUGAGGCAGAUUAAAAGAUUGUUGAUUUAGAAAAAGUAAAAUUAUAAAAUUGAAUAUUUUUUUAGGAUUUAGGGUAAUGGAAGUUUGAAUAUUCAAAAUUGAACAGUCUUCAAUAUAAAAUAGAUGAAUACAGUUUCUUAUUAGUCGUUUCAUUUGCAGAAAUUGAAGCUUUAAGAUCAUAAAACUUUUCAUUAAAUGAAUAAUUAGAUAAUCAUUAAAAAACAAAGGUUGCCUUAGCCUUAGCAUAAUGAG